AUACGGUUUGUCGGAUCGGCUUAUUGAUUUUCCCGUGCCUUAGAUAAGGAAAAUAUUAUCAUCUGGAAUUCAUGAAUUACUGAUAUGAAAUGGGUUGGUCACCUUUUGAGAGCAAAGAUAUGACAUCAUUUUACUUGAGAAAUCACAAAAGAAUUUGUGUGCGAUAAAAGUGUGGAAGUUAUUGCUGAUUGGACGUAAAUUGUAGUUUUAUCUUUGUCCUUCGACGUUGCAUUCAACUUUUGUUGUCACUCGUUUGUGUUAAUGCGAUGAGCUUUCGUGCCUUUUGGAUUAUCUCCAAGGACAGUAAAGGACAAGGGCAUUUGCUUCUCUCCAGAAAAUAUCCAACUGUGGAGAGAAGAUGGCAUUUGAUCAAUAAUAUUGCAACAGUCAAUAAUUUACCUGAUGAUGACAGCAUCAUAGAAUGUGUUUUUGAGAAGUUACAGAUAGGACGUUCAACCUUACAGUUCAUUGAAAAAUUUGAUGGCUGUAAAGACAGCAAAAAAGAACCGGUAAUGAAGUUGAAUGUUGAUAGUAAAGAACUUUGGCCUUUGAUUGUUUUGCAAAAGUCUGAGCUUAUACUGAUGUGCCUUUGUCUUGCGGGAAAAAAAGAGAUUUCCAAGGACACUUCACUGGUGAAAAUACCUGCAAUAUCAAUUGGCUAUUCAUUGUUGCAAAAUAUUAUGGAGUUUUUGGAGCUGGUGCCAUUUCAUAGCAAGGAUGAGUUUUCCACUCACAUUCAAGAUCUUGCUAUGGUUUUGCAAAUUUUGAUGCCUUUUGGAACGCCAUCAGAUGUAAACCUUAACCUGAUGAAGAGUUUCUUGCUUGAAAAGGGUAUCAAGUGUUCUCAAAAAUACAGACUCUCAGGUUGGCGACCUUUAGCAUCUGCAAAGACCAAAAAUCUCAUUCAACUGAAUGUGAAAGAACAGUACAAGGCUAUGAUAUACAAUGAUAAAAAAAGAGCAAUGUAUAGAGAUCAGUGUUCAGUUGACGGAUCAGUGUCAUGCAAGGCUGAUGUUGAUGCUGUUUCUGAGAUUAACAUGACCUUAACACAUUUGUCAAAUAUUCAUAUGGCCUUUCAUCCAUGCCUCCAAUCAUUGGAAGUUGCAUCUAAUGCUAGAGAGGACUCUGUUGGAAAGGUGGUCAACUUUUACAAUAUGCCUGAUACUGAGAUAAUUUCGAGGAAUGUACAUUUUACUCCACCUCCGGACUCUUUCCCUCUUGUUAAUAUCUAUGGUGAUUGUGUUCCACCAGUGAGUGGAUGCUAUGAAAUACGUUCUGAGAGUGAAGUGAAAUGCAUUCGUAUAAAACUUAAUCUACAUAAACAGAUGAAGAAUUUGUUUGAAUACUUUGAAGUCCAUGUUCCUUUUUUUGACUGUGGUUUGAUACAUAAGUGGGACUUUGACUAUACUGUUGGAACUGUUCUUGUUUCACCUGACAAGAAAAGAUUAAUAUGGAGUGUGGGUCAAAAAUUUCCCAAGACUUUAAAAAUUGAUCUACAUGGUAGAGUUUUGCUGUCGUCUCCAGCUUCGCCAGAGUCAUCAAGUGAUACUGUUGAGGGAGAUCCUUUCUGCUCUGGUCCUAUUACAUAUAUUCAGUUGUUAUUUAAGUCAACUAAUAACACAUUCAGUGGGAUUGAUAUUGAUCGAAAAUCAGUCAGACUUAAUCCAAGUGGCUCACCAAAAGUCACUGUAGUCAAAGAUUUGGUUUCAUGUGAUUACAAGAUCUGGAACACUUAUGGUGAUGCUCGAAUUGCAUUUCCUCCUACUCUGUGAUGGUGAAGUUGAACCCCAAGAUAUGCCAUUCAAUGGAGGAUUUCCUACAUUCAUCUCCUUACCUCAUAAAUACGUCUAUACGGUCAUACGUGUCGGGUUUUAUUUUUAGAACUUUCGAGAAUUUGAUGGAAAUCUACAAGGGUGGUUAUUCUACGUGCAAGGCUAUGACAUCGCGUAAACGACAUCUUGCUAGAUAUUUUGACGUAAAUAAUGUUUAUAGAAGUAAGGGAUCGUCUAUUGAGAGGAUUUGGUAAAUACUUAAAUUAGCUAAUAAUAAUUUAUCAUUUUAAACAUUAUUACUUGAUAGAAAUGGCUAA